CAGCAAGCACCAGCUGUAGACACUUCAAUUGAGGCCUGGACGUUCAUUCUUGCUGCUUCUGUGCUUGAGUUCCUUGCAUUUGGCUAUUCCUUUGCUUUUGGAGUUUUACAAGACUACUAUGCUUCUCCAUCAGAACAAGAUGCCAAGCUGCCUCUGUUUCAGAAUGCCAACCCACUAGCCAUUUCAGCUGUUGGAACAAUAGGGUCUGGCCUUCAGUAUUGUCUAGGCAUCGUUUUCGAGCCCGUGUACAAGGCGUAUCCCACGACUAUCAAAAUCAGUAUGUGGACGGCAUUAGUAGCCACCGCAGCUGCGUUUGUUCUUUCCAGCUUUGCUACUCGCAUCUGGCAUCUUAUUUUAUUGCAAGGCUUCCUGUUUGGCAUCGCUUCGUCGGCUCUAUACUUUCCCGUUAUUGUUCAUCUGACGGAUUGGUUUGCUCAGCGUCGAGCCCUUGCAUCAGGCAUCAUCUUUGGUGGCAGUUCUGCUGGUGGCAUUCUCUUUCCCUUCCUCUUCCGAGUCAUGCUCGAGCGUCUAGGCUUCAAAACAGCCAUGCGUGUCUAUGCAUGCGGCUUUUUCGUGAUUGGAGGUCUCACCAUUCCAUUCAUUCGGCCACGUAUCAAGCACUCCGAGCAUAAUCCUGGCUUUCGCAUGCCAGACUUUUCGUUUUGCAAGAGCUGGACAUUUGUCUUGUUUGCCAUCAGUGUGGUGGGCCAUCGGCUGGCGUACGGCCCUGUCAGCAUUCUGAUUUCUUCUUAUACCCGGACCUUCACCACAACCCAAGGAGCCUUACCAUCGACACUUGCGCUUGUCUUGCUCAAUGCUGCUGCUAUGGUCAGCCUGGUUGGAUUUGGCUGGGCGUCGGACCACUUUCCCUUCUGGCACGUCAUGCCCAUUGCUGGUAUAGGUGGUUGCUUGAGUGUCGCCCUCGUUCUUGGCUUUGCACAAGACUUCAAGGCAAUCUAUGGCUUUGUCAUUUGCUUUGGCUUGACUACGGGCGGAUAUGCAGCUAUUUGGACAGCCGCAGCCAAGUACAUGGCUGGCAACAAGCACCCUGCAGGCUUCAUCUUUCUCUCCUUGUCCUUUGUUGCUGGGCUUGCGACCAUUGUGGGCCCUAUUGUGGUGGGAAAGCUG